AUGCUCCGCAACGUGAGCAAAUUUAUUUUCGGUGACGCCUCAAAAGAAGCCAUCAUCGAAAUCCCCCAGGGCGAGCUGUACCUGGUCAGGCCCCAGUCACCCAAGGGCUACUCCGAGCUUAUCUUCAAGGACGCUGCGGCCACGAUUCGACGCACAGGCCAGGACUUCCAGUACCAACUUGUGAUCCAGAGAGCAUACGAAGAGGGCGAGGAAGAACUUGCAGACGACGACGGCGAGCAAGGCUCCGGUGACAGCAUCGACAAGGACGAAAAGGUCUUCCUGCUGGACCAAACUAUUCACUUCCGCUCCGAGCUUCGUGAAGGGGGAGAGAAGAUCUUGGCCUGGGAUGAUCUGAGUGGUGACCCUGGUGAUAUCUUCGAGUUCAUCUGCGACUCCUCGGUCCCAUCCGACAAAGUAGCCACUUUUGAACUUGCUGCCCUCCAGUGCCAGUACGAGCGUAAGCACCGUCGCAGUGCCCAGAAGGCCACAGAAGCCGAAUUAGAGGAGUUCUCAUACAACGAGGAAAGGCCACUUCCCUCCGCCAGUCCAAUCGCCUCCCCAACCACGAAAUCACGUGGAAAUUCCGUGUCGGCUGAGGAAUCCGCUGCUGCCAUGGCGCGAGAUGUGGAAUACGCCCAAUCUAAAGGGCAACUUAAGACUGGCAGUGCCGAGGAAGAACCGACAGCUGCCCCACCCUCCGCUGCCCAGCCCGAAGCCAAGGAAAUCCUCACCAAGGAGCGCGCAGAGCUGCACCUCUUCGAUUUCUCUACUGGAACUUUCGUGCAACAGGAGUCUGAUGUUAUUGCCACCGUUUCUGAGGUGGGGAACUGGCAGUACUGGCUCCAGAUCUCCGGCGAGGAGAAGGAAUGGCUCGGACAGGCUGUUGUUGCCGAUAUCAACCCAGUCUUUAAUUUUGAAUAUCUUUCAUUCAUCUUCAACGCCUUUGGCGAGGACGGUUCGGCCUUCUCAUGGCUUCUGCGUUUCCGAGACCAGGCCUCGGAAGAACGGUUCCAGGAGGGUCUGAUGCAGGCCCUUUGGGAACAGCUCAACGAAAUGAAGUGGACUAAGGUCAAGGAAAAUGACCGGGACUACGUUCUUGAUGCCUUCCAGGAUCUCACCAUGGAGGAUGCUGAAGACCAGCCCGAGGAAGAGCCAGAAGAAGAGGAAGAGGUUGAAGAAGAGUAUGACGGCGAUCAGGAUGACGCACAACGUAGUGAACACUACGAUAGCGAUGAGGAGGAGGAAGAUGUUGUUACCCGUGAUGCUGAUGGAAACGUCAACUCUCAAUUGGCGGUUGGCUACAAGCACGAUCGGUCAUUUGUCGUUCGCGGUUCUAAGAUUGGUGUCUUCAAACACACUCCCCACAACAACCUCGAGUUCUCAACCACCAUUUCCAAGGUUGAAACCCCCAAGGGAAGCCUUUUCAGCCCCAAGAAGGUUAUGCUCCACGCCGAGGACCAGAACAUGAUUCUUCAGAACGGCGAUGAUCCCAACUCACUGUUCAAGAUGGAUCUCGAGUACGGCAAAAUUGUGGAUGAGUGGAAGGUUCAUGAUGAUAUUGGCGUGGAGACAUUCGCACCCGAAAACAAAUUUGCCCAAAUGACAUCCGCACAGCCAUUUGUCGGUGUGUCUAAGAACGCUCUUUUCCGCAUCGAUCCUCGUCUGGCGGGCAACAAGCUCGUUGACUCCGAGCUGAAGCAAUAUGCUAGCAAGAACGACUUCUCAGCCAUGGCCACCACCGAGAAGGGAUAUCUUGCUGUCGCCUCAAACAAGGGUGAUAUUCGUAUGUUCGAUCGCCUGGGUAUCAACGCGAAGACGCACAUUCCUGCUCUCGGUGAACCCAUCAUCGGUCUUGAUGUGUCUGCUGAUGGACGAUGGGUACUGGCAACUUGCCGUACCUACCUCCUGCUCAUUGACUCUCUGCAGAAGGAAGGCAAGAACGAAGGCAAGCUCGGAUUCGAGCGUGCGUUCGCAAAGGACUCGAAGCCCCAGCCUCGUCGCCUUGGUCUGCAGCCUGCCCACGUUGCCCAGUUCCAGCACGAGACUAAGCAACCUCUCUCGUUCACACCCGCUCGCUUCAACACCGGUGUUGAUUCAACCGAGACCAGCAUCGUCACUGCCACCGGUCCAUUCAUCAUCACCUGGAGCAUGAAGAAGGUUGUGGCCAACCGCAAAGACCCGUACACCAUCAAGCGUUACGAGCAGAACGUCAUGGCCGAUAACUUCCGCUUCGGAUCCGACAAGAAUGUUAUUGUUGCCUUGCCCAACGAGGUCAACAUGGUCGCAAAGCGUACUUUCCAGAAACCUACACGUGAAAGCAUUGCUGGCCCCGCUACACCCAACCGUGCGCGAAACGGAUGGAGCAACCGUCUUGGCCGUGAUGAUGUGGUCAACUCGCCUUACUAG